CCUACGGCACUACCCACUAGUUGUACUGUACCAGCACCAGCUUCUCCGUUCUUGUCAGCAAAACAAUGUCCAUGAUGUCUCUGCAGCUCCUCGCUCCGAUCCUUGGCCUUCCAUCUAGAAAUGGUUGCACCGGCAGAAGACUACGGGUUACCGUGGUUAGCUGCAAACAUAAUCAGUCAACCGAUGUCCAAGGAGCAAGUCUAACGAGCAGGAUAUCCCGUAGAGAUGCCCUAUCAUACGUUUCAUCUGCCUUCUUGGCAACGUUCCUGGUGACUGAUCGUGCUGAAGCUAGAACCUCGAGGCAAGAGAACAAAAGGAAAGUAAUGGAAAAGCUGGAGAAGAUCCGGGAGAAGGCACUGGGCCCAAAGGAGAAGAACGAGGGCACCGGCGAGGAGAAAGGGCCCGUGGCGAACUUGCUGAUCCCUCCUACUUUGGUCGAUGCUUACAUCUGAAAGGCAUCGUAGUCCUCUUGUAAUAACACUUGUCUGAAUGUACUGGUAACAGUUGACAGCAAGAAGCCUGGAAAUACAAUCAAUUAUUUUGUGUGCUCA